AUGGCUAGUCAUUUCGGACGUGCAGUGAGUAUCACAAAAUCAGGAAAAAAGGGAUUUUUGGAGAUAGACGACGAUGAGCUUGAAGCCGUUUUGAUUAGACCAGAUAUUGGAGAUCGCCCGAUUGCAAUUAUAUCCAUUGCUGGGAGCAUGAGAACUGGGAAAUCAUUCAUUCAAAACUUCUUAUUACGCUAUUUACGAAACAGAGGGUGGGAGAAUGAUUCAUGGAUGGGCACAGAUGAUACUUCGGCCAAUGACGGCAUGACCUGGCGUGGAGGCAGAGAUAGAAUGACAACCGGUAUUAUUAUUUGGAACGAAGUGUUCUAUGUUCCUGAUGCUUCUGGAAGCGAGGUGGCCGUGCUCAUUAUGGACACUCAAGGUCUUUUCGACAAUGAAACCAUCAAAGAAAACAACGUAAAACUUUUUACGCUUAGUGCUUUGAUGAGUUCGGUCCAAGUCCUGAACGUGAUGAGGCAGAUCGAAGAAAGAGACCUGGAAAACCUCCAAUUGUGUGUCGAAUUUGCAACUAAAGCUGCGCAACAAAGUGAAGCACAGUUCAAGCUUCAAAAACUACUCUUCCUCGUGCGGGAUUAUUCGUUUGAUCUGGAGUAUGGACUUGAAGAUGGCAACAAAUACCUAGAAGAAGUUCUCCGACCACGUAGCGGCCGUCAUCAACUCACUGAAAUUCGAUCCCAUCUGAGGUCAAGCUUCAGUAACCUAUGUUGCUUCCUCAUGCCUCCCCCGGGAUCAAAGGUCAUGAACACGAAAAACAAGUUUGAAGGAAAGAAUAAAGAAAUCGACGAAGAAUUUUUAAAAGAGUUACCAAACUUUGUUGAAUCCCUCCUGCACCCGAAAAACCUACUAGCCAAGAUUUCGAACGGCAAACUAGUUACAGCUAUGGAAAUUCGCAAUCUUAUCUUGGCAUGCGACAGAAUUUUUGUCGAAGGAAAGUUACCGCCCAUAGAAACACUGCUGGAGGCUACCACGAAAGCGCACUACGAAACCCACUACCAAACCUGUAUGAAGAAGUAUUCCGAAGGAAUUAAAGAUAUCUUGGUGAGCGAAUCAUACAUUGACGAAAGCAUUCUAAAAGACAUUCAUCAGAAUGCGAUGAAGUAUGCCAUGGAUUCGUUUGACAGCACAUUGAAAGUUGGAUCUGCAGAAAUACGAAAAAAAUAUAGAGAUAACUUGACACAAUCUUGUGAGGAAAAAUAUGACAACAUGCUAAAAUCGAACAAUAAUAACCAAGAAAAAAUUUUGGGCGAUUUGGAGAAAAUCCGUAUUGGAAGGCAGAAUCAGUACGAAAAAAUGAUGAAAGAGGUUUUGAUAGGCGGGUCAAUAGAAGACUCCGAGUUCGAACAGCACCAUCGGAGUUUUAUGGAAGAAGCGAUCAUCGACUUCAAAAAACGAUCGGAACACGAAAAAUAUGAAAAGUUUCGCCAGGAUCAUGAACUACAAUUAAUCGACGAUAUUUCUAAAUACUUCGAAAAGGAAAGAAAAGAAAACGGGAAGCGAAAUGACGUCGAGAAGAAACGCCGUAUGGAAAAAGAACAAGCAGAAGUAAAGAACAUCCAUUACAAUUUAUUGGAUGUCUACAGCAAGUCAUUACGUGAGAUACUUUCCGCUCAGUCUACACCUGCAAAACAGUUGGAGGAACACCAUAUUGAAUGCAUUGAGACCGUGAAAGUUCAAUAUACAUCACAGACAGAAAAGUACGAGUGGCUUCCUGAUAAUUACUGGGAAAACCUAAAGCACGAUAUCAUCGAAGUAUAUAAAGGAGAAGAGAAAUCCAAUCAGGAGAAAAUACAGAUGGAACAAGAACUUAAAGAGGAAAAAGACAAGCUCGAGCUGCAUAGAACUACAGAACAAUCGAAACUGGACUACGAAAAUAAACUUGAAAAGGUGUGUAUUCAUGAUAUCUAA